AUGAAGGGAACGAGAACGGCUUCCUUCUACACCAACAUGGCCAUUCUGUCGACCGUGUUGGUGUCGGAGUCGCUGUCGGCGACGCUCAUGAUGCCAUUUGUGGGGCUGUUUGUGGCACACUUGGAGGACAUUCCUCCUAGUGAGGCGGGCUACGUCUCUGGCCUAUUGAUUUCUAUAUAUCAGCUCGGCCAGAUGCUGACCGGUAAGCUGUGGGGGACGGCGAGUGACCGGGUCGGGCGGAAACCAAUGAUUCAGAUGGGCCUCCUCGCCAACGCCGUUGUAUCGAUCUUCUUUGGCCUGAGCCCGAAUUUGAAAUUCUGCAUAAUCACACGCUUUAUCCAGGGCUGCGCUAACGGAAACGUGCUCGUUGCGAAGACGGUGAUUGCAGACAUCACCGACAAGGACACGGAGGGUAUUGGGUUUGCUGCGAUUAGUAUUUUCUGGGGUGUCGGCUCUGUGGUCGGGCCGGCGCUGGGCGGAUAUCUCUAUAACCCGACGCAUCACCCCGUACUAGGGCUCUGGCUGUUCACUAGCGGGAUGGCGGACAACGACAACAUCUUUGCGCUGCAUCCGGCCCUGCUGCCGUGCAUGGUGAUCAGCAUCUUUUCAGCGAUCACACUCCUCAUGAUUUCAAGAGUAUUGCCAGAGACCAGCCGCCGCCCAGUAGAGCCGUUCAUGUCGCUCUUCAUGUCAGGAUGGCACCGAGAGCGUCGAAUGUCUGACUUGGCGAAACAGCGCGGCAGGGGUGCUGCCUGCCGCUCCAACGGUGCCGAGCAGAUUGCGGUUAUCGAAAAUGAAGACGAUGAUGAGAACGCUGGGGCCGAAGAUGCUUGGGAGAACGUCGUGGCUGCCGAGGACUUUAGCGGACACCCCAGCUCCGCGCCCUUGCCUCCGCCGCUUUCGAAAAAGACGUUCCCGUGUACAUACACGCCGUCGGCGCAGGAGAGCCUGAACCAGGCGGCUGCGCUUCCCCCCUGGACGAAGGACGCUGCCAUUCAGAGCCCCAGGGCAGGCAUGGGCGGAAGUGCUGGCCGGUACGGCCUCUCGGAGCGGUACACGUCCCGUGCCGCUUCUUACUCCUCUUUCGUGGGCCUUCUCCAAAAUGCGCGUUGCGGCGAGAACGACGCUCUUGGUCAGCAGCGGCAACUCGGCGACGAUGUGUCUUCGCCCCCACUUCACUGGUUAGGCACGCAUUUCAAGGAAAAGAUGUGCAGCGACAUCCCUAUUCUGGGUCAUUCUCGGGAAGGCGCCUCGGACAACGGCUUAACAACGCGCUCUUCUGAACCGAUGGUAUUCGGGUACCGCGAGGCGUUUGCGCUGCCGACCUCGCGGAACGUAAUGAUUAUCUACAUGUGCAUCGCCUCCACCGAGAGUGCACUGCUUGAAGUCAUUCCGCUUUGGGCGAUUGCGGAGCGCGAAAAAGGCGGUCUUGGCUUCUCUUCAUCCGAUAUUGGCGCUCUCCUGUGCAUCUCCUCGAUUGUUUAUGUCGCGGCAAGCUUGGCCUUUAGCAGCCUCCUGAAGUGCUUUGGCGGCGCCACACGGCCACUGUGGGACCUAUCAGUGCUUCUUUGGUGCACCACCUCCAUCCUUACACCGUGCUGUGCGUACCUGACAGACAAGUCCACCAUCUUCUACAGUGCCGCCGCAGCCACCUCGACGCGCGAGAUAGGCCUCUCCUGGUGCUACUCCAUUAUGUUCAUGUACGUGGUGCGCAGUGCGCCGGACGAGUGUGUCGGCUCCAUCAACGGCAUCGCUCAGUCCAUUGCCUCUUUCUCGCGCAUGCUGACGAUGUCCGUGAUUCCGCCAAUCUUUGCGUGGUCGCUGAACGGCAUCGCGCACCCAUUUCCCUUCAACUAUCACUUCGUCUUCUGGAUUACGUGCCUGCCGCUGCUGCUGAGUUUUGUCCUGUCCUCUAUUCUCCCAGUACGGGUAUCUGGCUGA